AUGCCUUUGUCGCAUUCGCGCAGCUUGGGUUCUCUCUCCGGGAUGCUUAACUCGCAGUCUGCGAGCGAGAAGUCUGGCCGCUCGGGACGCUCUCAGACACCAGACAAGCCUCUACCCAUCACCCCCGAUCCAUCAACCUCCUCAGCCACCUUUGCCGAUGAUCAUGAUCACGUCCACGAAAUCGCACUUGAACCCAACGAUUCUCUCUUCGCUUCCGACUCCGGCUCGUCCUCGCUUCUCAAGCCGUCCAUAGCCGUGUCGAAACGCGUCCGUGCCCUCGAGGAGUUGCUGUCGAGUGAGAGAGCGUAUGCGUCUGACCUCGCCCUCAUUCGGGACAUACACAUCCCACUUGCUUCAGGGCAACCUGCUCCUUUCCCUGCCGCCCCCGCGACCCCACCGUCCUCGGGGUCAUCUGUACGCACCCAAUCCACAUCGUCAGAUUCCUCAGCGGGUGUGUCCAGCUCAUCCUCUUCCCCACCGAUGACACGGGACGACAUUCGGAUCAUCUUCAACAAUGUUGCGGAACUGGCCGUAUUCUCGGACUCGUUCACGGAACAGAUCGAAGAAGCAUUGGGAUCCGUGCUCGAGGGGGGGUCAGGCGUGGACCAUGUCGGGGCUCUGUUCUUGGACACGAUUUCUACUAUAGAGCCGCUCUACCUCGCCUACAUCACAAAGCACCCCAUUGCUUUGGAGCACCUAACUGGCCUGCCGCAGACCCCGGCGCUCACGGCCUACCUCGCGGAAUCACGCAUGCUCGCGUCGAAGCUCACCCACGCCUGGGACCUGCAAUCGCUUCUCAUUAAGCCCGUGCAGCGCCUGCUCAAGUAUCCACUCCUGCUGAGUGCGAUCAUCGAGGAGACAUCCGAUGCACACCCAGACAAGGUGAACCUCAAACGUGCACGGGAGAAGAUGGAGGAGGUCGCACGCGGUGUGAACGAGGGCCGUAGGCGGCGGGAGGUGAUCAAGGAGGUCCUCAAUGGCUCCUCAGGGACGCCGAGCAAGCGGCACAGCGACCCAAAGCCUAAGCCGAAGAAGAAGGGUUUGAACCUUGGCGUGUCGGCCUCCGUGAGUCUCGGGCGGAUGAAGAGCUUCAGUAUGAAGUCCGUCAAAGCAAAGGAGGGCGCCGAGGCGAACCAGGAGGCCGAGCAGGUCGUGCGAUUGGGUGAGCAGGUGAAGGAUUCCGAAGCCUUCGCGCGGACGUUCGCGAAGGAGACCAUUGAGUGGUGCAAGACGGUGCAGGGUUUGAUGGACCAGCUAUCGCGGUGGUCCACGAGCUUCGGACAGGUGAUCGGCGUGUCGCAGCCGGAGGAGUCGGAGGCAUUCGCGGCAUUCAUCCAGGUCAGCACGAAGGAGCUGCCGGCACUGUGCGAGGACUUCACUACGACCGUCAAGGAGAAACUCCUGCCAGAGUUGACGAAGUUCGUGGACUCGACACUCGCUCCCCUCCGGCUCGUAGAGGCGAUGCAGACGCUAGAACCUUUGCACCUCGGUCUGCUCAACCUCAACGUCGCUAAGUCACGCCCUCCGCCCCAGCUCCUGGAGGCUUCACAGUCUUACGUUGCCCUGCGUGCCCAGCUGGCGUCAGAGCUGCCUGCCUAUCUGACGCUGUUGGACAAGGGGCUGACGUUCUGCUUCAAGCAGUUCAAUAACUGGCAGAUGAAAUUCUACCUGCGGGUUCGAGAUCGGUGGCUCACCCUCUGGAACUCACUCAAGGUUGAGGGUGAGAUGAAUGCCGGAGCUGCCGAGACCGUUAGGGUGUGGUGGUCGCGCUGGGCAGACGUUGAAGGCCAGACGCUCGGCCUCAACAUCGUGCGGCCAUCUGAGCGACGCACGGGGGCACCAGAGAUGACGCGCCAGAAGUCGCGGCUGCGCAUGAAAAUCUUCGACGACGACUCCAGCGAGACGAGUUCGACUGUUGUGGUGUCAUCCUCCAUCCUCACCCUCGACCCCAGCCUCGUGUACGACCCCCUCAGCUCGCCAUCCACACUGUCGCUCCAGACGCCCGUGAGUGUGAAAGCGCGGAGCGUGCGCUCACUGGACGUCGGGCGCAAGCUCGAGCGCCACAACUCCAGCGAAAGCUUUCGCUCGAAGAAGUCGGGCAAGUCGGCGAGGUCGAUGGGGCACCAGCCGAGCCACAGCGUAAAUACCAUCGACUCGGAUGUCGUCGGAUAUUACGGCGAUAUGGUGAACGCUUUGGGUACGACGCCGCAGAAACCUACGAAUACGCUGACGAAGAGCAAACCGAGGCCGGCUCCGUUGCCUCUGAAGAAAUCACACUCACAUGGACGCCUGUUGGAUGACGCCGCCGAUACACGUCGGAGGAGCCCGCGUCGUUCAAAUACCGACCGGCCUUCUCCAGGGCGUCCCCAGUUCGUCGAGGACAUGGAUGACCGGGGUCGCCCAACACGGAAGCCAUCCUUCAAGCGGAGGCUGACGGAAACGCUCCUUCCUAGCUCUUCUUCUGUUGUACGACAACACCGCUCCCCAUCCGCGCCUGGACAUGCUUCUCCCUCGUUCUCACAAAGUACCGCGCCUGCGCGCAGUACGCCCUCCUCUACUCGCCGCCAAAGCAGGCGACCAAGCGUCGGUGGCACCAGAAUACCGUCGCUAUACACUUGUCGGGUCGUGCACCCGUGCGAGCCGCCGCCAGGUGUCUCAUACCGCGACCUUCCUUUCUUCACGCUCCGCGCCGGUGAUUGUUAUGACGUGCUCCAAGAGGCUGGCCAUCCUGCCCUCCACGAAGACCUUCCUUUGUAUGUUGACGAUGGUGAGGACUGUUUGCUGCUCGUACGAAAUCGUGCGGAGGACAUUGGGUGGGCAUUAGCUAGCUUCAUGUUGCCCGCGGACUAA